UCCCUCUAUAGACCGCAAGGUUCGGAGACGGAGCUCGCCUUCACUCGCUCACUUUCUCCGCUCCAUUGCCUCGCCCUAAGUCGAUCCUCUUCCUCGCGACUUCUCGCUUCGCCUUCCCGAUCGCCUGUGUCACAGCCGGCGCUGUCCUUCGAGGUCUCCGGCGUACGGCGAUCCAGCUUCCUCUCCUAGGAUGAUGCUAUCUGACUCGGAUCUACGGUGUGGGUUGUGUCUAACUCGGUUGAUUGCAUUUUGUGCUUUGAAAAAUUUAAACUGUAGGCGACAUUAUUGAUUUGGAAAAUUUUCACAAGAAAAGAUUUAGGUUUAAAGCAAGAGAAGUUGCAAAAAAGAUAGUGCAAUGGUACUACAAAAGAAACACAAGGAAGGAACUACGAGGUUCGUAGAAUCAUGUAACGCCAUGGUUUCAUCAAGGAAUUUACGCAAGAGUGACCUAGGAGGUGUCAUCUUUGGAUGCAAGCACCACACAAUGAAAGAGUGCUUGUCCAAGCAAUUAUUUGGUUUACCUUCACCUCACUUCCAAUAUGUCAAAAAUAUUGAUGAAGGAUUACCACUUUUUCUAUUUAACUACAGUGAUAGAAAAUUACAUGGCAUCUUUGAGGCCACAAGCCGUGGCCAGAUAAACGUCAAUUCAUAUGCAUGGACUAAUGGUGAUGAAAGAACACAAUUUCCAGCACAGGUCUCAGUGCACUUCAAGGUACAAUGUGCACCCCUCACAGAGAACCAAUUCAAGGGCAUUAUAAAGGAUAACUACUAUACACCUCAACACUUCUGGUUUGAGCUUGACCAUGGUCAGACAAGAGCUUUAAUUGAAACUUUUGUGCCUUUACCUUCAUCCUCCAACACCAGAGCUGUUACUGUUAUCCAGAAUAAAAUGUUACCACUUCCAUCGACUAACAUUUUAAAGGCAACGACAAGCAGUAGAUAUACUUAUGCCAUGAUAUGUGGGUCAAAGAAACAUAGUGAUAUGCCUAAUGAUUUUAUUAGUCACAACAACUUUGCGGAUAUUUCAUGUGAUGAUACUGACAUUCAAUCAUCCUAUGGUACCAUUGAAGAAAUAAACAAUGUGGAGCCAUUGUCUGACUGGGAAGAAUGGGCUGAUAAAGUCUUGCAGGAUAAUUUAGAUGCAAGUGAUUCUUUGGACGGAAAGAACGAGUCGCAGGAACAUGAAUCUGUCACUGAGGCAACAGAAAAUGCAGAAGUUCUGCUUAAGCUUAGAAUGGUGGCUGCAAAUCAUGGAGACUUAGCUCAGUCUACCAAUGCUUGCAUAGAUGAUAGAAACAUUCCAUUUAUUCCUAAGGGGGAGAGUAUUGGACAAAGAAUGGAAGAGAACAUUAUUAUGGUUGUCAAGGAAGAAGAUGCAGCUAGACCAGCAACUGCUGAGUCAUCAGAAUCUUUUUGUGAAUUGAAAGCGGUGGUGGAAAGUCUAGGAAAAAAACAGGUUGAAUCUGAUCGAGAAAUUCAACAAUUACAGAAACUUGUUGCGGACUCAGAGAGAAGAAUUCAACAGUUGACCAAUCGUGUCAAUGAGCUAGAACUAAAGAAAGCUCCGUCAUCAAUUCAUGAUAAUUCACUUGACAAAGUUGUUGUGGAUUGUCUAGGUCCAGAGCAUGUCAUAUAUCUUGUUGGUGGUUACAAUGGCAUUUCCUGGCUUUCAACCUUGCGCUCUUUCUCACCAUCAUCAGACAUUUUAAUUUCCCUUAAGUCCAUGAGUUGUGCUCAUUCUUAUGCUUCUGCUGUUAGUAUGGACGACAAUAUAUAUGUUCUUGGUGGUGGUGAUGACACUUCAUGGUACAACACAGUUGAGUGCUAUAAUCCAAGGAAUGAUGUAUUGACCUCUUGCCCCACUUUGCUGCAUAAGAAAGGAAAUCUAGCUGGUUGUACACUGAAUGGCAAGAUAUACGCCAUUGGCGGAGGAGAUGGCAGUCAGUGUUUCUCUGAUCUUGAAAUGUUAGAUCCUGCACUGGGAAAGUGGAUCUACAGUCAACCAAUGCUUGAGAAGCGAUUUGCUCUUGCUGCGGCAGAACUUCAAGGAAUUAUUUAUGCUGUUGGUGGAUUCAACGGAAGUGAAUACUUGAAUUCAGUAGAGAUGUUCGACCACAGGGUAGGUAACUGGACCAAGAUUCCCAGCAUGAACACGAGGAGAAGUUGCCACUCAGUGACAGUGUUGAACAACAAGCUCUAUGCAAUUGCAGGUUACGAUGGCAAUCGCAUGAUCUCAAGCGUCGAAACUUACGACCCUCGUGCUUCCUCUUGGGUCAUGGCGGAGCCGAUGAACGCCGUAAGAGGAUAUGCUGCCACAGCUGUUCUUGGAGAUUCAAUCUUUGUGAUCGGCGGUGUCCAGGACGGAGAGGCCAUCUCCAGCACGGUGGAAUGUUACAGGGAGGGAAGCGGAUGGCGUCAGACCGGGCUGAAGGCUGUUGGUCGACUGUGCUUUAGCUCGGCCGUUGUUGUUUGAAGUUGGAGAAGAUGGUAUCAUGUGGAAUAAGUUUUCUUUCAAAUUGUAUCGGACUCGUUUUGUUGCCUAUUACUAGUUUUUUUUUUAAAGUAAUUCAGAUAUUUAAUUUUUUGAA